CUUGGUGCCCUGCAUCCAUCCUGUCAUUUCAUCGCACCAUCUCUGGUUCUUAUCUUUUGAAACGGUGAAUCCAGAUGAGAGUUUGACUUGAACUUACCAGUGUGGAGGGUGAUAACAGAGAGGGAAUGAAGCUCCUCUAAUCUUCUCCUUCUCUAUCUCAUCCCCUUCCUCUCUCUCUCUCUCUCUUUCUUGAUCUCUUCCAAAUCAAGGCUUAGGUCAAGGCAUUAGCUCAACAAUCUCCCCCGCGGGGAGACUAGUGCGAACGGAGGAUUUGUUCUCUGGCUAGAAUGUCGUUUGUUUCUUCAGUUCAGCUUCCAUUUUCUUCAAACUCUGGUUAUAAGUUUUGGGAGGAUCCAUCUUUCAUCAAGUGGAGGAAACGUGAUGCUCAUGUGCCUUUGCAGUCGCAUGAUUCGGUUGAAGGAUGUCUUAGAUAUUGGUAUGAGCGCAACAAAGUAGAUCAUGUUAUUUCUAGUUCAGCUGUGUGGAAUGAUGAUGCUGUUUUGGGCGCUCUCAAGAGUGCUGCAUCAUGGGUUAAGGAGUUGCCUUUUGUGAGGUCUCUAAGCGGCCAGUGGAAAUUCCUUUUGGCCUCUUCUCCUGCAAAUGUUCCUAUCGACUUCUAUAGUAACAGUUUUGUUGAUUCAGUAUGGGAAACAUUGCCAGUUCCUUCAAAUUGGCAGACGCAUGGUUUUGAUUGUCCAAUUUAUACAAAUGUUGUGUAUCCCUUUCCUCUUAAGCCGCCACAUGUCCCCUCCGACAAUCCAACAGGCUGUUAUAGGACAUAUUUUCAUAUCCCAAAUGAGUGGGAAGGUCGCCGAAUCUUGCUUCAUUUUGAGGCUGUUGAUUCUGCAUUUCUUGCAUGGGUGAAUGGGGUUCUUGUCGGUUAUAGCCAGGAUAGUAGGCUUCCUGCUGAGUUUGAAAUCACAGAUUGUUGUCAUCCAUGUGGUUCAGAUAAGGAAAAUAUUCUUGCCGUUCAAGUCUUCAGAUGGAGUGGCGGCUCAUAUUUAGAAGAUCAAGACCAUUGGUGGUUGUCUGGUAUUCACCGAGAUGUUCUUCUUCUUGCAAAACAAAAGGUCUUUAUCACGGACUAUUUUUUUAAAUCAAGAUUCGCUGAAAAUUUUCUUGUUGCUGAACUUGAGGUUGAAGUAAAGUUUGAUAUGAUCCAUGUGGAUUCUGAAGAUGUUGACAUUUCUAGGUUUGCCAUUGAAGCAGCAUUAUAUGACAAUGCAGAGUUGCCUGGCUACAGCAAAAAUGAAGGUGUUGCUGAUUCUAGUUCUUAUAGCCCAGUGCUUCUAAAGCCAAAGUCACUGUGGAGUGGUUUUGGUUUUCCUGGUUAUCACCUUUUUGGGAAACUAGAAAUGCCAAAGCUAUGGUCCUGUGAAAACCCAAACUUAUACACUCUGGUUCUCACCCUCAAAGAUGAAUCUGGAAAACUACUAGACUGUGAAUCAUGCCAGGUAGGUAUGAGGGAAAUAUCUCGGUCUCAUAAGCAGAUACUUGUUAAUGGACAGCCAGUGGUCAUUCGAGGUGUCAAUAGACAUGAACAUCAUCCAUGUACAGGCAAGACCAAUUUGGAAGCCUGCAUGAUUAAGGAUUUGGUUUUAAUGAAACAAAAUAAUAUCAACGCUGUGAGGAAUAGCCAUUAUCCUCAACACCCUAGGUGGUACGAGUUGUGUGAUCUUUUUGGAGUUUAUAUGAUUGAUGAAGCCAAUAUAGAGACACAUGGGUUUUCUCUUUCUUCUCAAUUUAAGCAUCCAACAUCAGAACCAAGCUGGGCAACCUCUAUGCUGGAUCGUGUUAUUGGCAUGGUGGAGAGGGACAAAAACCAUGCCUGCAUUAUUUCGUGGUCAUUAGGAAAUGAAUCUGACUAUGGACCUAACCAUUCUGCUCUUGCUGGUUGGAUUCGAGGGAAGGACCCUUCUAGGCUUUUGCAUUAUGAAGGGGGUGGAUCUAAAACAUCAUCAACCGAUAUUGUAUGCCCCAUGUAUAUGCGUGUGUGGGACAUGGUAAAAAUUGCUAAUGAUCCAAGUGAAACUAGACCUCUGAUUCUGUGCGAGUACUCACAUGCAAUGGGGAAUAGUAGUGGAAAUAUUCAUGAAUAUUGGGAAGCUAUUGAUCACACAUUUGGAUUGCAAGGGGGCUUUAUUUGGGAGUGGGUUGAUCAGGCUUUAUUGAAGGAGGGUACAGAUGGAUAUAAAUACUGGGCCUAUGGUGGUCACUUUGGAGAUACACCUAAUGACUCAAACUUUUGUUUAAAUGGCCUUACCUGGCCAGAUCGAACUCCUCAUCCUGCCUUACAUGAAGUUAAGUACGUCUAUCAACCAAUAAAGACAACUUUAAUCGAAAGCAGGAUAAAGAUAACAAAUGCACUAUUUUUCGAAUCAACAAAAGGAUUGGAGUUUCGUUGGCAUCUUAUGGGAGAUGGAUGCAACCUGGGAUCUGGGGUGCUCAAUGUUCCAGUAAUAGAACCACAAAGUAGUUAUGAUAUUGAGUUGGAUUCAUGUCCCUGGAUUUCUCUUUGGGCAUCAUCUUCUGCAAUAGAAAUAUUCGUAACAAUAAUUGCAAAGAUGAAUCAUUCAACUCGUUGGGUGAAGGAUGGCCAUAUAAUUGCUUCUUCUCAGCUGUGCUUGCCUUCCAGAAGAAAUCCUGGACCUCAUGUUAUUAAAAUAGGAGACUGUCGGGGUUUAACUUCUGAGAAUAUCUCUGGCAUUCUCACUAUUAACAAGGAGAACAACUGGCAAAUCAAGGUCAACAACAAUACGGGAACUAUUGAGAGUUGGGAGGUUGAAGGACAUUUGUUGACUUGCAAAGGUAUACUUCCCUGCUUUUGGCGAGCUCCUACUGAUAAUGAUAAAGGGGGGGAGUCAAAUAGUUAUGCAAGUAAAUGGCGGGCAUGCCAUCUUGAUAAGAUGUCAGUUCAUACUACUCAUUGCUCCAUCGAACAACAGACAGAUCAUGUUGUGCAAGUGAAAACUGUUUAUUUCAUUGUUACUGAAGAUCAAAAUUUCCUGUCUAAAGAUAAAGACACCAUUGAUGAAACAGAGACAAGAAGUACAGUCUUCUUCAGGGUCGAGGUGUGCUACUGGUUCUAUGAUUCUGGCGAUGUGAUUGCUGAAUACAAUGUUAAUCCUAACAGUGAUCUCCCUCCUCUACCACGGAUUGGGGUUGUGUUCCAUGUUGAAGAAUCCUUUGAUAAGGUGACAUGGUAUGGGAAAGGCCCCUUUGAGUGCUAUCCGGAUAGGAAAGAAGCUGCCCAUGUUGGCGUAUAUGAAAGCAGUGUAGCAGAUAUGCAUGUACCAUACAUUGUUCCUGGUGAAUCUUCUGGCCGAGCAGAUGUAAGAUGGGUAGCAUUUCAAGACAAUGAUGGAUAUGGCCUGUUUGCUUCUGUUUAUGGUUCAUCACCACCAAUGCAGAUGAGCGCAAGCUAUUAUAGCACUUCCGAGCUGGACAGGGCAACUCACAACAAAGACUUGGUCAAAGGAAAUGACAUUGAGGUGCAUCUUGAUCACAAGCAUAUGGGCUUGGGCGGAGAUGACAGCUGGAGUCCGUGUGUUCAUGAUCAAUACCUGGUGCCUCCGGUUCCCUACUCCUUUUCCAUAAGAUUGUCCCCGACCCGUCCUUCGCUGUCCUGUCAGGAUAUUUACAUUUCUCAGCUCCCGCCAUGAUGAUCACCCUUUGUGUUGAAUUUUCAGAACAAUGUCUUGUGAAUAGAAAUUUAAGGACAAUUUGUAUGCUGUGUUGAUGCAUGGUGUCGAAACUAUUUAUUUGAACAGCAAAGAGAUGUGUUUCAGUUAUGCAAGGAUGAUUGGUUGUUGUGAUGGGCUCAAAAUUGAGAGCAAGUUCUUGGACUGUUUUUCGUAUUUAUUGUAAUGGAACACUGAUUAUGUUAAAUUUGUAUGGAGCUGCUAAAUUCAAUCCCUUGGUGAAA